AUGCUACUAGCCCUGGGGACAUUGGUCGUCAGUGGCGUGGCCCAAGCAAGAACCGCAACGUCUGCCAGCGGAUCUCCUCCGCGAGAUCCCCCUAUCGUCAAUCCCACACGAGCGCCAUACCAGGACCCGAACCUGGAGACCGUUCUUCGAGUGGAGGAUCUCCUCUCUCGGAUGCCAAUGAGGGAGAAGAUGGCUCAGCUCAUGCAAGGAGAACUGGACCGUUUUGUUGAUUUUGAUACCGGUUAUGUCAAUGAGACAGCCAUGAAGGAUCACAUGUUCUAUCAUUCCAGCAUGCUGCGGGGCUCCUAUCCACGCUCUACACUUGACUUGGCCUACCGUGGGGCCCAGGCGCUGCAGGGCUGGAUCAUGAACGACACAAGUCUGUCUCUUCCAGCGAUCGUGCAAUGCGAAGGGCUUCAUGGACUGGGACUUCCGAAUACUACUAUAUUCACGUCUCCCAUUGGACUGGGGGCAUCCUGGAACAUUGAGUUAAUGGAGCGGGUCGCUGAAACAAUUGGUAAAGAGGCCCGCGCCUUGGGCAUCACGCAAGUCUUUGCGCCCUCAUUGGACCUUGCCCGAGACCCAAGACAUGGAAGAGUUGAAGAAUCAUAUUCGGAAGACCCAUACCUAGCCGGAGAAAUUGGAGCGGCGUUUGUGCGCGGUCUCUGGAAGUCCAAGGUUGCCUCCACUAUCAAGCAUCUGGCAGGCUAUGGGAAUCCAGAGCAGGGAAUUUACAACGGGCCCGUCCAUGGCGGGCCGCGGGAGCUCCAUACCACGUAUCUCCCACCGUUCCAGCGGGCGUUGCAGGAGACCGGUGCUUUCGCCGUCAUGAGCUCAUAUAAUUCAUACGACGGUAUCCCGUCCGUCAGUAACCGGUACCUACUCACGGAGGUGCUGCGCGAGCAAUGGGACUUCCAAUACUUCACCACCUCGGACUACGGGGGGCCGGAUCGACUCUGUGAGACUUUCAAGAUGUGCCACAGCGACCCCGUAGACAAGGAAGCAGUGACCAUGAUGGUCCUGCCAGCUGGUGGGGACACUGAAGGCGGGGGCUCAUUCAAUUUCGACGUGGUGCCCGACCUCGUUUCAAACGGGACUUUGUCUCCCUCCAUUGUCGAUGAAGCAGUGCGACGUGUGCUAAGGGCGAAGUUCGACAUGGGUCUCUUUGAAGAUCCUUUCCCCGCAGCACCGCCGUCGGAUUGGCGCGCGCUCAUCCGCACGCCCGAGGCGCUCGAUCUCGCCACGGAGAUGGACCGCGAGUCGAUUGUACUUCUACACAACCCGGGAGACAUCCUGCCUCUGGCCCAGAAGUCGCAGAAACUGGCAGUCAUUGGGCCUUUCGCCGACACCCUGAAUUACGGAGACUACAUCGCGUACCGACCGGGCGGCGUCACACCCAGGCAAGGAAUCCAGAACCUGGCCACUAAGUACGGAGGCGAGAUUGUGUACGCUCUGGGAUGUGAAGCCUGGAGCAACGACGAGUCUCUCAUCGGCGAAGCCGUGCAGCAAGCGCAGGCCGCCGACGUGGCCGUUGUUGUCGUGGGCACCUGGACCCAGGACCUCGAGGGCCAGGAAAAGGGCUUGAACGCCACGACCGGCGAAGGCUACGACACGAAUGACCUGCGGCUGGUGGGCGCCCAACGCGCCCUGGUCCAACAGAUCAUCGACACGGGGAAGCCGACCGUCGUGGUUUUCUCUUCCGGCAAGCCCAUCACCGAGCCCUGGCUCUCCUCCAACACGACCGCCACCGCUCUCAUUCAGCAAUUCUACCCCUCGCCGAACGGCGGCGUCGCGCUGGCGGAUGUGCUGUUCGGGAACCAUAACCCCAGCGGACGCCUGCCCGUCAGCUUUCCACGCGACGUGGGCAGUCUCCCCGUGGCCUACGACUGCCUGGACUCCGGGCGCGAGAUCCGAUCCCCCGGCGCGCGCCAUGCCAAUGGGAGUCUCGAGUUUGGCCACGACUAUGUGCUCGAUACGCCGGAUGUGUGGUUCGGGUUCGGGCAUGGGGAGAGUUACUCGACAUUCGAGUAUAGUGAUAUUCAGGUUGUCCCAAAGGCUCCGCGGGCGUCAGACAAUGUGACGGUCGCAGUGAAUGUGAGAAACACGAGUGAUCGGGACGGGAAAGAGGUCGUGCAGUUAUAUGUGGUUGAUUCGCUUUCUUCGGUCGUCACGCCGAACAAGCAGCUCAAGGGGUUUCAGAAGGUCUUUAUCCGGGCUGGUGAGACUGCUACAAUCAGCUUAGAGGUUCGUGUUAGCAGUCUCGGACUGUGGGACGCGGGGAUGCGAUACGUGGUCGAGCCCGGUGAGUUCAUUGCACACGUCGGUCGCAGCUCGACGGAUUUGAGGGGGAAUGUGUCUUUCUUCGUGGUCUGAGAUAGUUUUCGAAGCGGGGUGCCUCUAAAUUUGUC